UACUCCUACAAAAGAAUAAAAGUGCAUGUAAGUGCAACUUCACAUCAAACUGUUGCCAACUCAGUUAAAACAAAACAAAACGUCAUUUCGUAAAGAACAAAAAUUGCGUUUCAAAUAAAACGAUCCAACGUUUUUUAGACAUAAUACGAAAUAAAAUCACCGGCUAUAACCCCGCCACAACCAGACAGCGCGUUACGGGAUUUUCAGGACUGCUGAUGUCAUCUAUUGGAAGACAUUCGGCGUAUUUUUCAAAUUGUUAAAAAUACUUCAAAUUUAUUUUUUAUGAUUUUUUCUUUACAAAGUACAUAGUAUUAUGCAGAAGAAUGGCUUCUUUGAGCGCAUUAUUAUGCAAAAAAAUUGAAAAACCAAUACGAUUACCCAUUUCGACGAAAUGCCUUAAUUAUACCAGUUUUGCGAAAAUGAUGGAGUACAAGAGAUGUUAUAGAAUUUUGGGAAUUCCCGAAGAUAGUGAUCAAGAGGAGAUUCGACGAGCUUAUUUGAAAUUAGUUAAAAAAUAUCACCCUGACAGCGGAACAGCAGAGGCUGACGCGGAUAAAUUUUCAGAAAUUGAUAAAGCCUUUAAAAUUUUGCUUAAUAAAAAAUCCACGGAACGAUGGGACGUAGAACAUGAUACUGUCAGAGAACAGGACAUCAAGCAUACAGCGCCACAACACAGACAAUAUUUAAGUUAUGAUGGUAUUGGAAUGGGGACUCCAUUUCAACGCCAGAAGCAGUAUACGAAGGUGCGUGCAAUUCAAGCGGCUGAAAAUGUUUUAAAACAUCGUAUAUCAAAAAUUUCUGCGGAAGAAGGAGCUGUUCUAGCAAAACAACCUGUAAAACACAAUAUUAAAACUAAAUAUGGUUUGGACCGCCUUGUAGAGGAUUUAAUUCAAGAAUCUAUGUCUAAAGGUGAAUUUAGUAAUUUGUCUGGCUCAGGAAAACCUCUUCCGAAUCACCAAAAUAGAAAUCCAUAUGUAGACUUUGUUACUCAUAAAUUAAAUGAAGUUUUAAUUGACAAUGGGUUUACUCCUGAGUGGAUUACUUUACAAAAGGAAAUUAGAGAAGAAAUACAAGAAUUGCGGAAGGGUAUUGCAUUGGAAAGGUCCCAUUUAGGAUCUUACCCUUUGAAUUCAGAUGAAAACGUAGAAUGGUGUAAUAUUGUUUGUAAAUAUGAGAAAUUGACUGAUCAGAUCAAUAAGAAAAUUACUAAGUUUAAUUUAGUUGUGCCCAUUAUGGACAAGCAAAUGAUACAAAUUAGCUUAGAGAAUGAAUCACAAAAAGUUUUAAUUAAUGGAUUACAUAGUCAAAAGCGAAACGUCGCCGAAAAAGAAACCGACAGAGGAAUUGCAGCAACAGCUGAAUCAAUUAAUUUGUUUCAUUUUAUAGAUUUAUUAUUUAAGAAAUAAGUAUUUGUUGCAAAGUUUAGGGAAAUUUUAAGUUUGAGCCAAAUUUUUCAUUUGUACCAAUUUCGGCAACAAGAAAAAACUAACAAAUGACAA